AUGCCGAGCUCCGAAGUGCCAGCGCUUCGUCGUCUCCGUGACGAUCCCUUCGAUGACGAUGAAGUCCGAAUUUUCGGAACACCGUACCACAGCGCGCUCAAUCUUGCCACCUAUCCAGAAAAGCUUUGGACAGAUGCACAAGUGCCGUAUAUGCUCGAAGAGGGUAUGACAAACGAUCAGAGAGCUGCCAUUGCUCAAGCGUUUGACGAGUACAAAAAGAAGACAUGCGUUCGAUUCGUACCACGUAAUGAUGAUGACUUCGAUUACAUCUACAUUAAAAGGAAUACGGCGUUUGGGUGUUCAUCAUAUGUCGGACGAGCUGGAGGUAAUCAGACUGUCUCCCUGGAGGUCGAUAAGUGCUUUUCCAAGGGAAUUAUUGCUCAUGAGCUUAUGCAUGCGCUGGGAUUCUUUCACGAACACUCCCGAACGGAUCGCGAUCUAUAUGUUGACAUACAAGAGGACAACAUCAGACCAGGAAUGUUGAGAAAUUUCGAGAAGUAUCCUCGAAAAAUUAUUGAUCCUCUGGGAAUGCCAUAUGACUACGACUCAGUCAUGCACUACCAUAAACUGGCUUUUUCUCGCAAUGGAAAGGCAACGAUUGUACCCAAAAAACGUUCAGUUGAAGUCGGUCAACGUUAUAAGCUUAGCGAAAUUGACGCAAAGAAGGUUGGUGUCCUGAACUCCCAAAAGCCGCAGACUGAUAGAAUUGAUGGCAUUAAGGUGAAUAAACUAUACGAAUGUGGUGAAUAUUCGGCCACCAGCACGACGACGACAACAGCAGCAACUACUACAACGAGAACGACCACUACUCGUCGUCCUACUACAUCGACAAGGUCUAGGACAAGGCCCGGACGUACAAGAAGUACUUCUCGUCGAACUACUGCCACUACCACAAGGAGAACAAGAACCACUACCACUACCGCAGCUCCUACAACAGUGUCCAGAAGGAUACAUAGAAAGUGCGAAGACUUGAAUGCCCAUUGUUCGAUGUGGGAACAGCUUGGGCAUUGCCAACAUUCAACUAAAUACAUGGCGCAUUAUUGUAGAAAAGCGUGCAGGAUGUGCGAAGACGACUUCACGACAACAACGGAGAAGCCUCGAGGCACCAACAAAGAACGAGGAAGAGGUGGCAUAGGAGAACGAGGAGGAAAGAUAGAGAAAGAGAGGGAAAAGGAAAAACCGUCUGAGGAGAAAGAAAAGUGUGUGGACAAGAAUCUGUUCUGCGGUUACUGGGCGAAAAUCGGAGAAUGCAAGAGCGAAAGCAAAUUUAUGAAAAUCUUCUGCAAAGCUUCAUGUGGGCGGUGCUGA